AUGUUAGUAGCCAAUUCUACAGCUACUGUCGAUGCUACGCCUGAAGGUCCGCGGUUACCACAAAAUGGACCUGUCCCGGUGACACAAGAGGAGCCAACAAAUUCCUUCAUGACGGAGCAAGGUGAAUCUGCCUCAAUUUCUCCUGAUGGAGAUGAAGACUCAGUUCAUUCCGCCGAUGAAGCCCUCGAUGAUCACCAAGUCUCACCGGAGUCGCUCGACGUUCACCUCCGGAAUAUUGCUGGAUUGACGGAGGAUGAAGAUCUAUUUGAUUCUAUUUGUGGUCAUGAGUUUCGUGAUGGUGUACUCUUCCUGCAGAUCUUAUGGAAGACUGAUGAAACGUCAUGGGAGAAAUAUUGUGCUUGCCGCGAAGAUUUUCCUUACGACGUCGCCAAGUACAUUUGCUCCAAGAAGAUUGGAUCUGCCUCUGGUAACCAUUCAAAUGGACCACAUCAACGAUGGGCACGUACUUUCUUGAAGAAAACUCGCCGUGUUAUGCGUCGUUUUGUUCGAUACCAUGGAUAUUCAAAACCUAUGUUGAAUACCCACAAUUUUUGUUGUCCUCGUGAGGACGAUAGUGAUCAGAUUCAAUUGACCAAGAUGCACAAGAAGUCCCCGCCCCGCCAAGUCAGAAGAGCCAAGAAAAAAGGCCGUCUACGGCGUCCUUUGCCCAUUCGGUAUGGCAUUCCGAUUCUGCGGACAGUAAAAGAAGCACUUGCACUUGAUGAUGAUAACGGGAACCACUUUUGGCGUGAAGCAAUGGAAAAAGAGAUUGCUUCCCUGAUUGCAAUGAAUUGCUUUGAUUUUCACACGAGUGAUUACAAGCCUGGCCCAAAUUCUCAAUUCGCCCCAUUGCGAAUGAUUUUUGAAGCUAAGCAAGAUGGGAGACGCAAAGGAAGAUUGGGUUUGACAAUUGUCCAUGGUGACGUUGGUAAUGCAUUUAUUACCGCUAACUGCCUGGAAGAAAUUCGGAGAGCGCGAGGCGCUGUUAUUACUAUUAACAAAGCCCUUUACGGGCUCCGCACUAGUUCAAGGGCCUACAGAGAAACUUUUGCAGCGUUCAUGAGAACUAUUGGUUUCCAAUCGAGUCGCUAUGACCGUGACGUCUGGAUGAGGCUACGCGAGGAUAAUGAGGGAUACGAUUAUCUCUGCACUCACGUGGAUGACUUCAAAGUUGUGGCCAAAGAUCCCCAACGGUGGUCUUACUACUACCUUGCUUCCCAUCCUGAAGAGGACAAGUCCGAUUUCCUUGAUGACGCUGGAAAACGCCAAUAUCAGAUGUUGGUUGGCAUGGCCCAAUGGGCUGUGACCAUUGGACGAAUGGACAUUGCAUAUGCAGUCUCUUUGCUCAAUCGCUUUUCCUCAGCGCCUUGUGAAGGCCAUCUGGAGUUAGCUUUCUACCUUUUUGGCUAUCUAAAGAAGUUCCCCAACAAGCAACUGCCUGUUGACUCGCGCCCGCUCGAACUUUGCCCGACACUCACAGCGACCAAAGGUACAUUCAAGGCAGAUUUCCUUGAAGAGUAUCCGGAUGCAAAGGAGGACCGAGAUCCCAAGGAACCCAAAGCCUUUGGAAAGCCAGUACAAACAAGUGUCUUCUUUGAUGCCAAUCUGGCACACGACCUAGUUACUCGGCGGUCCAUAACUGGACUCCUUGUCUAUGUUGGAAGCACCCUUGUUUCAUGGACCUCCAAGCGUCAGGGCUGCAUCGCGUCGAGCACAUAUUGCUCUGAAUUUAUUGCCAUGCGCGCUGCCACAGAAGAGGCAAUCUCCAUCCGAUAUAUGCUCUGUUCACUGGGUGUUCCUGUAGAGGAGCCUACCAAUUUACUUGGUGACAACCUGGGAGUCAUCCAGAGCGCUGCCAUGAAGGAUGCAGAUCUCAAGAAGAAACAUGUCGCGAUUUCUUACCAUUGUGUUCGUGAGGCCGUUGCAGCUCAAAUUAUCAAACCAAUUUGGUGUAAAACCGAUGAAAAUUGGAGCGACAUUUGUACCGAGGCAUUGGGUGGCCUUAAACAAAAUGCCAUUCUGUCUAGGACGAUGUUGUAA